CCCAGAUGACGACUCACACAAAGAUGGCCCCUUCGAUGUAUCGCCCGCCAUGAGCACCCAGGAGCCGCUCACCGAGCUGCCGUUCCCGCCCGUCACCAAGCAGCAUAUCCUCAACUGCUCCUACCACAGCUGGCAUCCCACGUACCGCGCCGUCACACCGAAAGCGCGCCUCGUGCCCCUGCCGGCCGCCUUCCUCGACUACCUCCGGUCCGACGGCAUCGUGCUGCCCCCCGAGGACACAGACAACCCAACAUGGUCUGACGACGACAGCGGCAUCUUCUCCGGCGCCGACAACAAUGACGGCGGCGAAGAAGCCGAGCUAGACCCAAGCAUCCACUGGCGCGACACGCACGACGCAAUCGAGCGCACAAUCGAAGAGCUGGGCGGCAAGGUCGCGCCGAAACUGAACUGGAGCGCGCCCAAAGAUGCCACCUGGAUCGCCGCCACCAACAGCAUCGAGUGCACGACGCCCAACGACAUCUACCUGCUGCUGAAGAGCAGCGACUUCAUCACCCACGACCUGGCCCACGCCUUCGACGACACGGCGGACCAGCACACGACCCCGCAUCCCGAGAUACCCUACCACCUUGUGUUGCGCAAGUGGAUCAACCUCAACCCCAGCGUCGAGUUCCGGUGCUUCGUGCGGAACCGCCAACUCAUCGCACUCUGCCAGCGGGAUCUGAACCACUUCGAUUUUCUGUUCGGCAUGCAGGACAAGCUGAGGCAGCGCGUGCAGGAGCUCUUCGAUUCAAAGCUGAGAGAUUCGUUCCCGGAUCCCAACUUCACUUUUGACGUGUAUAUCCCGCCGCCGCACGACAGGGUGUGGGUUGUGGAUUUCAACCCCUGGGCGCAGCGCACAGAUCCGCUCCUGUUCUCGUGGAUGGAGCUGCUUACCAUGGAGGUGCCUGAGGCCAAACUCUUCGACGGAAAGGAAGAGGUGGUGCGCAUACCCAUCGCAUCAGCUGGCGGUACGACAACCGGAGGCACGACAUUCAUAUCGCUCGACGACAUCGAAAGCGCGAGCGACUCUGAGAGCUCAGAUGAAGAAGAUGUCGAGGACAUCUGGCAGCCGGAGUUCAGGCUGGUACGGAAAGAUGAUCCUGAGGCGUACGGAUUCACGACGCCGCAGUACAGCGCGCACAAGAUGCCCCGCGACGUGGUCGAUGCAGCGAGUGGCGGGGAGGGCAUGAUGCGCGAAUUUGCAAUGCAGUGGCAAGAUGCGCAGAGACUGGCUGAGCAGCAGAGACAAGAAGACAGUGAUGAAGAUUGAACGAACAUGUACCGACUGUCAGACUAGUAAUCACGACAUGUCCACCACCACAAAGCAUGCAGGCCAAUGACAUGGUGAUUCCUGGUUUUACAUUGAUAUCGAGACAUAGAAAUAGUACCUUGGACUGCUUACCCAGUCCCUGGAGCUUAUAAUAUAAGCCCUCACCAUGAU